AUGUCCGGCGAAAGGCUGAAGGAAACCACAGCCGAAAUGGACGCGCUGAUGGAGCGUCUCCAAACAAAUGCCCAAAACGUAAAUCGGCUGGUGCCGCAGCGGACGGAGCUUCAGGCGGUGGCGAAUGAGCUAACAGCAGCAGCAGAAGACGCAAUAGUGUACAAAAUGAUCGGCCCUGUGCUGGUGCGGCAGUCGAAGUCCGAGGCUCUUCAAACAGUAAACAAAAGACUGGACUAUGUUCAGCGAGAACUAUCAAAGCCAGUUAAGCUACACAGCAGCAGCAGCAGCAGCAGCAGCAGCAGAGCACGCCACAUAGCAGCAGCAGCAGCAGAAACAGAUGCAGGAGCACCAGGAGAACAUGUCACACAGCAGCAGCAGCAGCAGCACCAGAACAAGCCACGCAGCAGCAGCAGCAGAACAGUUCACACAGCAGCAACAGCAGCAGAACAAGUCAGCAGCAGCAGCAGCGGCAGAACAAGCCAGCAGCAGCAGCAGCAGCAGCAGCAGCAGCACUGA